CAUUAUUUUUGCUAAAAAUUGUUUGUAUUAGUUCAUUAAGAGAUUCCUAUGAUGUUUUGUUGCAGUGAAAUCAAUCGGUUUGCCAUGGACGGUUGUGCGCAGAUGUGUAAAUGUGUCCUGAUCCUGUUUAACUUUCUGUUCGCUCUGGUGGGGUUCGGUCUGGUGGCUCUAGGAAUGUGGCUCCGGUUCGGAGCAGAGACCCGAGGGUUCUUCGACAUCAAUCUGAGCACUGCUCAGUUCAACAUCGGAGUGUCGGUGCUGGUGGUCACUGGGGGCCUGAUGCUGGUGAUGGCCAUCAUCGGUGACUGUGGUGCCUGCAACAACAACAAAUCUGCCCUCGGCGUGUUUUCUGGCCUGCUGACCGUUCUGAUCAUCAUUGAAAUCGCAGCUGGUGUGAUGGCCUUCAUGUGGAGCGACCGGGUGUCAGGUGAGUUGGUGAACUUCUAUGCCACAAUCUACGCUCAGUAUCUCAACACCAGGAGCCCCGCUCAAGCCGUCACCCUAAAACUAUUCCACAACACUUUCAACUGCUGCGGUGUCGGUGGAUCGAUCGAGAUGUUUGUGCGAGACACCUGUCCAAAAGCCAGCUUCCUGGAGAAACUGAUGUAUUCUAGCUGUCCCAGUGCGAUCGAUGAGUUCUUCGACGCGAACGCACCACUGAUGUUGGGAGGGUUUCUGGGGACGGCAGGAAUCAUGCUGGUGGCACUCGUCUGCAGCUGUUUGCUCUAUGGUAACCUCAAGCCAUCUUACUAUUCUCCACCCAUCUACUGAGCCUCCACUCUUCUGCUGAUGGUUGGAUGACUUCGGUCAAAGGUCAAGGGAUUCACUCUUGUGUGUGUGUGUGUGUGUGUAUGUGUCAAUCUCUUCAAAAUUCCUUCUCAAUUCUUCAAUCUAAACCGAGGCGAAUAAAAGUCGACAGAAUUUCACAGAAAUCAAAUUUGUUCUGCUGUAGUUUGUAAUGCCUCUUUUCAUUUAUCACUCAUAUUAAACUAGAUGCUGUUUAGACUUUUGGUUUUACUGCAUUAAUGUUGUGGAUCGAAGUCAUUUCUUCAGUUUUGAAUUCUGCAUGAUAAUGUUACACUGUAACUCACUGUCUGUUACCAUCUCGUCCUGAAUAUUUAAUUGUCUUGCUGUACAAUUAAAAUCUGAAUGUUUCUUGUUUGUUUUUACUGUGAUACAUUAAAGAAAGUUCCACAAAGCCA